AAACCACCGUCGGAAGCUUCUGGUCUUCUCCCGAUCAAAGAAAACAAUCUCCAAUUCCUCGGAAACUUUUUCAUCCUAAAUUUCUCGGCUUUUUCUGGUGCGAUCUGAUUGGAUUUAGUGGCUUACAAUGAGGGAAAGAAGUUACAGGGAAAGGAGCUACAGUUACAGUCCUCCACCAAGGGGUUAUGGAAGGAGAGGUCGUAGUCCAAGCCCUGGAGGUCGCUAUGGUGGCAGCAGGAGAGAUCUUUCAACAAGCCUUCUAGUUCGGAACCUGCAUCCUGAUUGUAGGCCUGAAGAUCUUCGCAGGCCAUUUGGACAAUUUGGUCCUUUAAAGGACGUCUAUCUGCCGCGUGAUUACUAUACAGGAGAGCCUCGAGGAUUUGGUUUUGUCCAGUAUGUAGACCCUGCAGAUGCGGAGGAAGCCAAGUAUGAAAUGGACAGGCAGAUAUUUUUCGGCAGGGAGUUGACUGUUGUAUUUGCAAAGGAGAGCAGAAAGAAACCAGCUGAGAUGAGGGCUAAGGAAAGAACGAGGAGCCGAUCAUAUGAUUAUCGGUCACCACCAAGACAUUCCCGCUCCCGUUAUUCCCGAUCCCCAUCACCCCGUUAUUCCUGUUCGCCAUCACCUAGAUGGAGAGGUUAUUCAAGAUCUGUUUCUCCCCGAGAUGGAAGGUAUUAUCGCGGUCGGUCUCGCUCUUAUUCUCCUUCCUACAGAAGGUCAAGGAGCAGGAGUGAAGAAUAUGCAAGGAAGCGACGUCACAGAGAAAGGUCUCUUUCAGUAAGCCAGUAAGCUGGUAGCUGGUAGAUAUCUAAGCAGCAGUGAUGUUGUUGGUUCUCUACUACAUUCUUAUAUUUGAAUUUAGUAGCAUAUAAUGUACGCCAAUGACUGGGAGUUGUUACGCAUCGUAAUUCGUAAGUGUGGAACUUGGCUUUUGAGUCCCUAGUAUAUGGUAUCGGUCAAUAUCUUUUAUCA